ACCGAAGCGGGCCAGUCAGUCUCGCCCCUCCGCUCACAGCAGCAUCGUCCCCGGUCCGGUGGCAGAGAGAGGAUGGUUCAGCGGAACAGCAGCCGGGGAUGCGAAUGACAGUGAGAAGAUAAUGGCCCUCGAUAUACGCAGGUUCCCCAAUGUGCGACUGGUGAUCAAGUGAAACGACUGUGGCAGGAAAACACAAAACCAUGUUGCUCUAAGUUGUGACCUGCGGUGAACGGCGGAGGAGGAAGGGGAGGCGCAGGCAGGCGUAAGGGCUUCUGCCACAGCUCCCUUUAGGCGGCCUUUUGCAAGCUUGAAGCCAUGGGCAACACGGCCACCAAGUUCAGGAAGGCCCUGGUGGGCGGCGACGAGGCCCUGGCCUGGCAGCUUUAUGAGGGCAACCCUCAGUUCAGGGACGGCCUGGACCCCAACGCUUCGUACGGAGAGCAGUACCAGCACAACACGGCCCUGCACUACGUCUGCCGCCACGCCAUGACACGCCUGCUCAGGUCUUUCCUGUUCAGUAAAGAGGGGAACCCCAACAAGUGUAACGUGCACAACGAGACGUGCCUCCACGUGCUUUGCCAAGGCCCGCAGAUCCUGCUGCUGCCAGAGGGGGCGCUGUCGCCGCGACUGGCCCGACCGCAGCGGGACGAGCAGCGCCGCGCCGACUGCCUGCAGAUGAUCCUGAGCUGGACCGGCGCCCGGCUCGACGGAGGCCAGUACGAGAAGGCCAAAGUCAACUCCAGCGAUAAUCACCACAGCACAUGUUUGCACUACGCCGCCGCGGCAGGCAUGAAGAGCUGUGUGGAGCUCUUAAUCCAGAGCGAGGCAGACCUUUUUGUGGAGGAUGAGGACAAGUUGACGCCGUGUGACCACGCGGAGCGGCAUCACCACACCGAGCUGGCCCUCAGCCUGGAGUCGCAGAUGGUUUUCUCCUCCUCUUCAGCUCAGCCGUCAAACACAGACGGUGAAACCAACCUGCUUCAAUUCAAGGAGCCGUAUGAGGGACUGAAGCUGCAGGACCUGCGCAGGCUGAAGGACAUGCUGAUCGUAGAGACGGCAGACAUGCUUCAAGCCCCGCUCUUCACUGCUGAGGCCCUGCUCCGUGCACAUGACUGGGACAGAGAGAAGCUUCUGGAGGCCUGGAUGUCUGACGCUGAGGGCUGCUGCCAGCGCUCAGGUGUGACCAUGCCCACACCCCCACCCAGCGGGUACAACGCCUGGGACACCCUACCCUCGCCUCGCACCCCCAGGACCCCACGCUCCCCCCUCACACUCACCCUCACCUCCCCGACCGACAGCUGCCUUUCACCGGGAGAGGAGGGCCUGGCUUCGUGUGGAAUCUGCCUCUGCUCCAUCUCUGUGUUUGAGGACCCAGUGGACAUGUCCUGUGGACACGAGUUCUGCAGAGCAUGCUGGGAAGGGUUCCUCAACGUGAAGAUUCAGGAGGGCGACGCUCACAAUAUCUUCUGCCCGGCAUACGAGUGCUACCAGUUGGUGCCGGUGCAUGUGAUAGAGAGUGUCGUUUCCAGAGAGAUGGACCAGAGAUAUCUACAGUUUGACAUUAAGGCAUUUGUGGAGAACAAUCCUGCCAUCCGAUGGUGUCCUGCGGCUCGUUGUGAACGGGCGGUGCGUCUCACCCGACCGGGCCCCGGGGACAGCGACCCUCACAGUUUCCCCCUGCUGCCCUCCCCAGCUGUGGAUUGUGGCAAGGGUCACCUCUUCUGCUGGUCAGUGUUCAUUUCGUAACCUGAACUAUGACUAUGUCAUCAACAACCUUUUUAUCCCAUGAUUGAGACAAGACGAUGACGGCAACUACAGCGCAAGCAGACAAUGAUCAGGAGGGUUAGAGUUACACUUGUUUAGUUAAAGUUGUCAUGGCUAGGGGAAAAGAAACCAGGUUAAAGCCAAAAAUAUAUUUCAAUACCUAGGUUCUAUAUCAUCUGAUGACUAAAAUAGACAUCAAAAGAGAAUAAGAUACAGUGCACUAUGAUUUAAGAUAUGAUACUGAGUUAACUAUUAGUCAUUAUUUGUUAUAUUUCAAUAUUUGUUCUGUAUUUUUGUGCCAAUGUUAAAGCCCCAUUCACACUGUCCCGAA